AUGGGCACCAGCCUGGUUGCUUUUGCCGAUGACGCCGCCAUAGUGGUGGUAGCCAAGGAGCUAGCCAUGGUGGAGGCUCACGCAGGGUUGCAGCUGGUGGCCCACAAGACGGAGACGGUACUAGUCUCAAGUCGAAAAGCGGUGGAGAGAGCUAGCGUGAGGGUCGGUGGAACCACGAUACGGUCCCAGCGGGCAAUCCGGUACCUCGGCGAUCUUCUAGACACGCGCCUGUGCUUCAAGGAGCACCUGGAAUUUGUGCACAAGAAGGCCAGCGGAACCGCAGGAGCUUUAUCCAGGAUGCUGCUAAACACUAGAGGGCCGAAGCAGGCAACCCGGAAACUGCUCACGACGGUUGUGACGUCGCAGAUGCUGUAUGCAGCGGCAGUAAUCGCGUGCGCCUUCCGAAUCAAUUCGGAAGAUGCGGCGCUGGUCAUCGCCGGACAAGUCCCGUUGACGGAGCUCGUUCGGGAGAGGGCGGAGAUCUACGCAGCCGCGCAGGACAGGGAAGCAAGUUGCUAG